AUGCCGAACGCAGAGUGUUCUUUUCUCCCACCCGGACUUCCGAAGCGGAUACGUAGAGAAGGCAGCAGCUUCCCACAAAAAUGUUGUACUCGUUUCCACGCUCAUGAAGUCAAAAAUAGAGCUACUCUGGUAAAGCCUGCUCUCCUCUUCGUGACGCCCAACGGGUUCUGUCAAGACUACGCGAAGGCCAUAACACGGGUACAAGAAGUUAUUUCCGCGGGAGCGUCUUUAGUCCAAAUCAGAGAUAGAGGCUCUACUGCAGAUGAAAUACUAAAGCUCACGGACCGGCUGUUGCGAGCUGGUGUGGACCCAACUGCCCUGUCACUAAACGGGGUACAUCCAGAAGAAGCCCGCGCGUUGACACCAGCUGUCGGUAUUCACAUUCGCGAAGCCGAUAUUGAUGAGUAUUCACAUGCUGCAGCGAUCAACGCCUCGCUUGGUGUCGUUAUUGGCUGCUCCGUCCAUUCCGUGGCUGCAGCCGAGCUUGCGUGUGAAAAACUUGCACUAACCUAUCUGCAAGUCGGAACAAUGUUUAACACGAACAGUCAUCCCGGCAAGAUCCCAGAGGGUCCAGCGUUGUUGAGAGCUAUCCGCGAACGAUUGGGACCAUCCGAAACACUGAUUGGUGUUGGAGGUAUACAAAAGCACAAUCUUCAUACCGUAUUCAAAAAUGGAGCGUCGGGCGUUGCCGUGAUCUCUUCUAUUUCGGCUGCACAUGACGUACGGAGGGCAACCUCCGAAUUGCAUAGGCUUUGCCGAGAUAAUUUUGAGAUUGAAAAUGGUUCCUUGUAG